AUGGACGAUAUGGACGACAUCAAGAUUCCCGAGACUCUCCGCCAUCGCCCCCCGCUGCCUGAGAGCAGAGACUAUGGACUCGGCAUCGCACUUAUUGGUGAUGCCAUCAAAAGCCGCGAUCAGCGCAACGACAAUCCCUCAGAACCUCAACGGCGCAUUGAUGAAGCAGUCUUCAAAGUUGGCAGUCCACACAAGAUUGAACGCAAGCCCUUCGCUGCCUUGUAUCAAGAAUACUGGCAGGACAACAUGGACAAUGACAGAGACGAGGAGCUCGAGUUCUCCAGCAACUACCUCUUAUCCAAGGCGCCUGGCCGUCAGGUGAAUCUCGCUUGCCACCGCACGCGGUGGGUCGUUUACAAGGAAGGUCAAUUUAUUUCCUCCAACGAGAACAUCGCCCUCCGCAAUGCUGGCCAGCAAGGUCUACCGGUCCCGAAAAUCUUUUGCCGCGAAAGGCUUUAUUCUGCCGGUGGUGAGGACGUCUACAGUAUCAAAAUGAGCUACAUUGCCGGCCGGUCUCUGACCAAGCUCUGGGUCACGCUUACACACGAAGAGAGAAUCGAUGUCUUUACACAAGUCCGAAACAUGCUCUUACGACUUACGAUACCAGAAAAUGCUCCCCAAAUGAUUGGUAGCUGUGAUGGCUUGGACAUUCGUGACAGCCGUCUUACCAAAACGCACUUUGGUCCGAUUUGCAAGACGGAGAAGGAAUUCAACAGAUACAUGGUGUCGACCAUUUCGUCAGCUCCAGUCAACAUCCGACGCGAGUAUCUCCGCACCUUGAACCAAAGGCGACAUCGUAUUGUCUUUUGUCACGGCGACCUGUCCCCUGACAACAUCAUUGUGAACGAGGGCAUGCGAGUCAUUGGCCUGCUUGACUGGGAAGAUGCUGGCUACUAUCCUGAGUACUGGGAGAAUAUCAAGUUUUACUCUCGCCCUGAGAUGGUGAAUGGAUGGCACGAAUACGGCAAAUACAUCCUUCCUCAUGUCUAUGACGAGGAAGUUAAGAACUUUCUUGAGGUCCAGAAGUACCAGCUUCCGUAA